UCCCCUCUUCUUCCCCUCCCCUGCAGGCGCUGGGGAAGCUGUUUUUCCACUCUGUCACGCACACGCGCUUUUUCAUUCUUUAUUUAUUUCUUUCGGGUUUAAACUUUCUCUAAGCCUCGCCGGCACUUCCCCAAAGUUCGGCUGGGUCUCUGCGACUUUUCCUCCUCUACCCUGACCCAGCCCCAGUCCUGCAAAUCAAAACUCCCCAGCCGAGCCUCCGGAGAGGCGGGGGAAGCGGCUGCUGAGCGCGGGCAGGCGGCCGCCGGGCGUGGUGGCUGCCCACCCGCGCCCGCUGCCCACCCGCGCCCGCUGCCCAUCCGUCUGCGCCCUGCCCGCUGCGUACCCGACUCACUCGGACUCCAGACUGACCGUCUCCUCCAGUCAUCGCCAUGUCCGCCCUGAUCGUGGAGAAUUUCCGCUUCCUGUCGCUCUUUUUCAAGAGCAAGGACGUGAUGAUCUUCAACGGGCUGGUGGCCCUGGGCACGGUGGGGAGCCAGGAGCUCUUCUCCGUGGUGGCCUUCCACUGCCCUUGCUCCCCCACCAGGAACUACAUUUACGGCCUGACGGCCAUUGGGGUUCCCGCCCUGGCUCUCUUCCUUAUCGGCGUCAUCCUCAACACCCACACUUGGAACCUGGUGGCCGAGUGUCAGCUCCGCCGGGCCAAGAACUGCUCAGCUGCCCCCAACUUCCUCCUCCUCAGCUCCAUCCUGGGCCGGGCGGCCGUGGCCCCCGUCACCUGGUCCGUGCUCUCGCUGCUUCGAGGAGAGGCCUACGUCUGCGCCCUCAGCGAGUUUGUGGACCCCUCCUCGCUGGCAGAUGAGAAAGGGGGCUUCCCCCAGGACCACGCCGUGGAGGUGCUGGCCAAGGUCCCCUGUGGGGAGGCCCCGGCAAACCUGUCGGGCUUCCAGGAGGAGGUGAGCCGAAGACUCAAGUACGAGUCCCAGCUUUUCGGGUGGCUGCUGAUCGGUGUGGUGGCUGUCCUGGUCUUCCUCACCAAGUGCCUGAAGCACUGCUGCUCCCCGCUGGGCUACCGCCAGGAGGCCUACUGGGCUCAGUACCGCGCCAACGAGUCCCAGCUGUUCCAGAGGACGGCCGAAGUGCACUCCCGGGUGCUGGCCGCCAACAACGUGCGCCGCUUCUUUGGCUUUGUGGCCCUCAACAAAGAUGACAAGGAGAUGCUGGAAGAGUUUGUGGUGGAGGGGACCCAGCCGAGGCCCCAGUGGAAUGCCAUCACCGGCGUCUCCCUAUACCGUGAAAACCAGGGCUUCCCACUCUACAGCCGGCUACACAAGUGGGCCCAGGGGGUAGUGGGCAACGGGACUGGGCCAGACAACCUGGAGAUGGCCUUCCUGGCUUCCUAGUGUCCCAUGUCCCCACAGAGUGUGACUUCUAUAAUCUGGGGUCCACAGCCAUAGCUGCCCCACUUAAUCCAGUUUGCCCGCUUCUUAUUGUUGCUCCGCACUCCUAUUUGGAUGCCAGUCCCGUGCCCAAACCCAGGAGUUAGCAGAUUCCCAGAUGAUUCUGGGGUGGAUCAGAGGCAAACCUCUUUUACUAGCAUCGCCAACGGGCCAUCAAAGGAGGCUGGAGGGCGGUGAGGGUGACAGCGUGUGGAAGCGGCCCAGGUUUGGGCAGAGCCUGGUGGGCAGUGCAGCACUCUGAGGACACUCCUGGCACUCGAGCCCGUCCCACCGCAGCCUGCUGGAUCAGCAGCUUUACAAGAUGUUUUGGUCUUUUCCAAAGAAAAGCAGCUCCUUGCACAAACUUCUGAACCCCGGGACACCAGAAACAGUCACCCCAUGCCUACUGGUGGGCUCCUUAUGAGAAUGAAGUCGAACGUAGUUAACUUGUGUCUAACUGCAUGUGGGUUGGGAAUGGCCAUCUUCAGAAAAGGAAGAUUUGAAGACCUGGGGGAUCCCCAGUAAGGAGUUUUCCUCCGGCUUCCACUGACUUUUUCUCUUUUUAAGCAUUUUUGAUAAAGACUUUGCUAUAA